UAUGCAACACAGCGUCUAGUCUGCCGGAAAUACAAACGAAGAAUAAUAUAUUACACGUUUGUUUACAACCAGCCUGUUCGGUUUUUCUCCUUCAGACCAGUCCAAGAAAUUACUUUUACUGCUAUUUGUUAAAAUGGGAUGUGAUGGUGGAACUAUUCCUAAAAGGCAUGAGUUGGUAAAAGGUCCAAAGAAAGUUGAGAAGGUUGACAAAAAUGCAGAGCUUGCUGCCAGGUGGAAGUACUGUGCUCUCAGUACAGAGAAACUCCGGCGCCCUAUUGUUGCUUGUGAUCUGGGAAGACUCUAUAACAAAGAUGCUGUGAUUGAGUACCUUCUGGAUAAAUCUGCAGAUAGACCCAACAGCGAGGUUGUAUCACACCUUCGUGGCAUUAAGGAUAUAAAGGAGCUGAACCUGACUGACAACCCAGCCUGGGAGGGCGAGAGGAGGAACAUCAAAGGGGACCGCUAUGAGGACAUGCACUGUGCCAUGUUCAUCUGUCCUGUGGUGGGCCUGGAGAUGAAUGGCAAACAUAGGUUCUGUUUCCUGCAGACCUGUGGCUGUGUGUUUUCAGACCGGGCCCUGAAAGAAGUCAAGACUGAGAUCUGCCACAAGUGUGGCGACCCGUUCAAAGACGAAAGCCUUGUCGUCCUCAACGGGACCAAGGAAGAGGUGGAUAAACUGAGGGAGAAAAUGGAGGAGAAGAGGGCCAAGGCCAAGGCAACAAAGAAAUCAAAGAAGAACAAAGUUGCUGAGACUGUUGCCAAGCCAUCUGACUCAAAAGAAAAUCCAGAGUCCACUGAAACUGUUUCUUCAGAGGGCCAAACUUCAACACAAAAUGGUGGAGACAACAGCCAGCCAGCAGUCCCUGAACCCCCUGCUUCUUCCAGCACCAAGGUGGUUACACCCUCAGCGGCAACCGGAAGCAAGAGGUCCAUCCAGACCAUGGAAGAGAAGUCGGAGACCUACAAAUCUCUCUUCACCAGCCACAGUUCAGCUAAACGCACCAAAGACCAGACGUCCAACUGGGUCACCCAUACCCCCUACCAUUUCUAAAUGACUUCACCUCCCAAAUUACCAUCACCACCAAGUGGUCAUGGGAGGCAACACACAACCAGGUUGUGUAUUUGAAGGGUAUCUAUAAAAGGUUAUUCAUAACACAUUCAUAACCCAUACUUAAUACAUUCAUUAGAAGUACGUGAGCAUUUCAUAACUGCUUAUGUCAACAACCGCAAGUUGAAAGUUCAAAUUUCUGUGACAAAGGCAAUAUCAACUUGCUACUGCUUAUGAAUGUGUAAUAUGUGGGUUAUGAAGCCUAUGUCGGUAUCCUUCAAGUAAAGUCUUAAGGAAUUUGACAUUUUUCUUAUAGCUAUUCUUGGCUCAGGCUAACGAAUCAAUAGCCUAUAGUAUGCACUAUUAAUGCUCCUUUUUCUAAGGAAUGGCUGUAUUAUAUGUAGGUCUUAUCUAGGUAUCUAUGGAUGAUGUAGAUUUGGCAAGUCAUUAUGGUUUGCUAUGCAAUAUGACAUACAUGUUUUGAAAUUAUAUCACAAGGGCCUAGUUUAUCUUUUUUGUAUAGGAUGUGGAAUAGUGAGUUUUUGUAGUGUAUAUUCAAAACAUGCUUUCCAUAAGCUCAUUACUUAUUUAAACUUAAACUCAUUACUUAUGUCUAUACUCAAUUUUAAUGUUUCCUCCAAAUAGCUUGUCACCCACCACCUGUCAAAAUAUAGAUGGGAGGGAAAAAAAGAUUGUUUUAUUCACAUGUGCAUAUUUCAUUUUUAUUUAAAUAGUUACCUUUGAUGUAUUUUUUUCCGCUUAUGUUUGUUCAACCCAAACAAUGUCAAAAUAAAGAAGUCCUUUUACUUAAAAAAUUCAUUAUUUUUUAUAU